UUCUAUAGUCGCGGGUCUCGUGCGCCUUCUCGUCGUUCUCUGUCGUCAACCGCAUCAGCUUUUCUUUGCUGACUUUCUUCUCCAUCGUCAACCGCCCCGCCUAGCCGAAGCCUGGGUUUGUGCGCUGCGAAGCUCGACCUCCGACGAAGCCAGCUGCGCCUCUUCUGCCGCUCGAUCGUGGGUCUCCCAGUGCGAUCGUCCUCACCGUCAGCCGCGCCACCGUCGAUUGUGGGUCUUCCAGCCGCGUCAGGUUUUUCCCUUCCAAGCGUCGUUCUCUGUCCGCUUAUUGUCAUCGGUGCUGAAAGCAGUCGGUUUGCGACAGUUCGACCGAGCGGUCUGUUUGGGAACGUAUGUUGGUGAAGGAAGUUCUCGAGCGGAGUAAGGUCUUGUUUUGGGACAGUGCAUUAUCCUGAGGUAAGUGGUUUAUUGCUGGUUGCCCUAGGAUGUUGUUAGGCCUGCCGAGAAAUUUUUGUCGUAUUUGAAGAUCUGUUAUGGCUUUUUUUGCUGAAUUUGAAGUAUUCAUACUGUGAUGAAGUUUAAGGAUUAAGGGGAUACUGUGAUAAGGUGCAUAGGGGAUAGUGGGCUAAUGUUGAAGCAUGAAUAUAAUGUGUUAAGGCCUGAUGUCUAUGAUGUAUGAGUUAUGAGUAGACUGUGAAAUAGUUGACUGAAGUAUGGGUAACGGUUUUAAAGUUUGAUGCUGAGUCAUGGCCUUGAUUGCAUGCUCAUGUUUGAUUAUGUACUGGAUGUUUGUAAGCUUAUGUCCAUAUGAGAUUUUAGUGACUGUUAGUGAACCAUUGGGCCAUGCACAUCGCAUGUGUGAGCCUUCGGGCCCACAUCCUAUGCUUAUGUACGACCUUUGUGUCACUACUUAUGAAAGCAUGCCUUCGGGUUCGCCCCUUAUGCCUAUGCCUAUGUUUAGCCUAUGUUUAUGAUGCCUUGUGCAUUUUGGAUCCAAUGGAUAGACUAAUAGAUCACAGAGUGGGCCCAGUAGUAGGCCGCUUACUGAGUAUAUUUUUAUACUUACCCUUUUCUUUCCCUAUUUUUCAAGUAAGAGUAAUGACAGAUUGGUGCAUGACAAGAGAGAUACGUGACCUGGCCAUUAGGACGAUUCACUGCUUCCGCAUAUAGUAUGAAAUCUGCUGGACAUUGUGUAAUUGUUGGUCAUGAAGAAGAAUAUGAUUCAACCAACACAAAAUCAUAAACUUCAGAAAAUUGUCAAAGUGAAGAGAAACCCCUGGAGAAAGGAAAAAGAUUGGAGAUAAUUAUCAAGAAGGUGCUUCGAUUACACUCCACCAGAAUAAAUAGAAACCCUUAGAAAAGGAACUGAAUGCGAGCAAAGAAGAAGAAGCAUCUUGCCAAUGUUUAACUUGGGUCCAUAAAAUCUUACUCAACAUCAACUUAUCCAGUCAUCUUUUUGUUUCAUUUACACAAUUCUGUUAGUAUGGAAAAACCUUUUAAAUCCAUUCUUAGAGACUACAAUUUUUCAUUUUAAAAACUUAAUGACCUAACAUAUCUAUUAUGUUGAAUUAUGAGUUUUUUCUUUUUUACUUGAAGUUAUUUACUUUAUUAUUUGAUUUAUUUUUCCGUUUUUGGUUUUUAUGUUUUUAAUUUUAAGUUAUUAAGUUUAUGCUUUUAAUAUGCCUUUAAUUUAAUUUAUCUUUUGUUCCUAUAAAAGGGUGAUGUCUCAUAUAAAAUAAGUAUCCUAAUUUUAUGUACCACAUUUUAAGUAUCAUAUUUUAUGUAUCACCAAUUUUUUCUUAUUUCAAUAAGAAUUUGAAUUUCAUUCUCAUUUUCAUUUCUCUUCUCUUUGUUUAACAAACAUUGAAAUAUUGUUUUGCUUUUGCAAAUAUUUAAUUUUUUUCAUUAAUUCCAUUUUCUCAAUAAUAGCAUCGGAGCUACUUUGAUUUUUCAAUAGUGCUGGAGAUACUUUGAUUUUUUUCAACAUAUUACAUAAAGUUCGAGACUUAAAAGAUAAUUUUUUAUAAGUCUAUAGUUAAGCAAGGCAACCAUUCUACCAAAGGUUAUAAGGUACGUAUUCAAUAUGCAUAUAUUCGAUUAGAAGAAAGUAACCAUUGUAGAUCAACAACUCCAAACGUUUGGAAAAUUCAAUCAAUCCCAUAAUGCCAGAGCAAGAAAUUGAAUAAGAAAAGCAAGCCGGCUGAAAAAAGAAAACACCACGAAGAAGAGGAAGAUGAAUUUGUUCUCUUCUUUUUUUCCUUUUGGCAUGUUUCUCGAUGGGCAUUUAAUAUAUAUAUAUAUAUAUAUAUAUAUCUAAACCUUUUCCUUUUACUUUUCCCUCUAAUAAAUUAUAUAUAUAUAUAUAUCUAAUCCUUUUAUUUCAUCACAUCAAUCUCAAAUCUUUCCACCUCAAUUAUCUUUAUUUGCCAACAUGAACGUAGUUUGAUUGAUAUAGUGCUUUUACUAUCGAUCUCGAAGUUAGACAGAUAUUCUGUCGAUGUUUUUAAAAAGGAUUAAAAUUUUAAAACUAAAACUUCAAAUAAGUCAUUUUUGUCGAUUACCAAAGAACGAGGAAGAAAAAGAAAAAAGAAAUAGAGAUGGAGGAGAAGAGGAGAGAAAGAAUAGAGAAGACCGAGGAGCGGGUGACUCAUCUUUGAUUUCUCUUUCAGGUUCGUCAAUAUGGAUCGAGCAGCUGGAUCAUCUUGCUCACAUUUUAAAUGGAGUUUUGAUGUAUUCUUAAGUUUUCGCGGAGAAGAUACACGAUCAAACUUCACGAGUCAUCUUAAUAUGGCUUUGCGUCAAAGAGGAAUCAAUGUUUUUAUAGAUAACAAGCUUUCGAGAGGAGAAGAAAUUUCUACAUCACUUUUGGAAGCUAUUGAAGAAUCCAAGAUCUCGAUCGUUAUAAUCUCUGAAAAUUAUGCAUCUUCGAGUUGGUGUUUGAAUGAACUGGUGAAAAUUAUUAUGUGCAACAAAUUUGGUGGACAAGUUGUUUUACCCGUUUUUUACAAAGUAGAUCCAUCUCAAGUAAGAAAACAAAGUGGAAGAUUUGGAGAAGAAUUUGCCAAACUUGAAGUUAGAUUCUUCAACAAAAUGCAAACAUGGAGGGAGGCUCUAACUACUAUUUCCCAUAUGUCUGGAUGGGUUCUGGAAAAAGAUGAUGAGGCUAGUUUGAUUCAAAAAAUUGUUCAAGAAGUCUGGAAGAAAUUAAAUCGUACAACGAUGCAAUUGCAUGUAGCUAAAUAUCCAGUUGGAGUUGACAUACAAAUUAUGAGUUUACUCUCACGUGUUAUGUUUGAUGGAAUUACUAUGGUCGGAUUAUAUGGAAUUGGAGGUAUGGGUAAGACAACUUUGGCCAAAGCAUUAUACAAUAGAAUUGCUGAUAACUUUGAAGGUUGGUGCUUUCUAGCAAAUAUUAGAGAAGCUUCAAAUCAAUAUGGAGGCCUUGUUCAACUCCAGGAGAAGCUACUGUGUGAGGUGUUAAUGGACGAUUUAAUCAAAGUUAGCAAUAUUCAUAGAGGAAUUAACAUCAUAAGAGAUCGACUAUGCUCAAAAAAGAUUCUCGUGGUUCUUGAUGAUAUAGAUACGAUUGAACAGUUACGAGUAUUAGCAGGAGGACAUGAUUGGUUUGGAGCUGGAAGUAAAGUCAUUGUGACAACAAGAAAUAAACAUUUACUUGCUAUUCAUGGAUUUGAUAUAGUGAAAAGUGUCAAUGGAUUGAAUAAUGAUGAAGCUCUUGAGCUUUUUAGUUGGCAUGCUUUUAAGAAUAGUCAACCCACAAGUGAUUAUUUAGAGCUUUCAAAACGUGCUGUGCAUUAUUGUAAAGGUCUUCCCUUGGCUCUUGAAGUGUUAGGUUCUUUCCUCUAUUCAAUUGAUCAAUCCAAGUUUGAUCGUAUAUUGGACGAAUAUGAGAACUCCUACCUUGACAAAGACAUCCGAGAUCUUCUUCAAAUAAGUUAUGAUGGACUCGAAGAUGAUGUAAAGGAAAUUUUCCUUUAUAUUUCUUGUUGCUUUGUGGGAGAAGAUAUAGACAUUGUUAAAAUGAAGUUAGAAGCAUGUGGUAAUUUGUGUUUGGAAAAGGGAAUUACAAAACUCAUGAAUCUAUCACUUCUUAGCAUUAACGAAUUCAACAAGGUUGAAAUGCAUGACUUAAUACAACAAAUGGGUUCCACAAUUGCUCUUACAGAGACUUCUAAAUCUCGAAAAAGAAAACGAUUAUUGAUCGAUAGCGAUGCUAUGGACGUCUUAAACAGUAAUGAGGAAGCAAGAGCAGUUAAAGCCAUAAAGUUGGACUUUCGUAAACCCACUGAGCUGAACAUUGAUUCAAGAGCUUUUGAAAAUGUUAAAAAUCUUGUACUACUCAAAGUUAACAAUGCCACAUCAUCGGAAAGUACUCUCGACUUUCUGCCUAGUAGCUUAAGGUGGAUUAGUUGGCCUAGGUUUCCUUUUCCAUCUUUGCCUUCAAGCUACAAAAUGGACAACCUCAUUGAACUCAACUUGCCAUAUAGCUCCAUCAAAUAUUUUGGGAAAGGAUUUAUGAGUUGUGAAUUACUGAAGCGUAUUGAUCUUAAAGAUUCCAAGUUUUUGGAGGAAGUUCCUGAUUUAUCUUCUGCUAAAAACCUUAUGGUGUUGAAUCUUCUUGGGUGUACAAAUUUAGUAAGGGUUCACGAGUCAGUUGGAUCUCUUAGCAAACUUGUUGAAUUAGAACUUUGUAGUCAUGAGAGUGGCUUUAAGCAGUUUCCCAGCGUCCUAAGGUUGAAGUCCCUAACAAGUUUGGCGUUUGUAGGGUGCAACUUAGUUGAAUGUUAUCCUCAUUUCAGUGAAGAAAUGAAGUCUUUAAAGGACAUAAUUUUUGACGGCAGUACUGUAGCAGAGCUAUCUCCAACAAUUGGAUAUCUUACUGGGCUCAAAGAUAUUGUCAUCUAUUGCACACAAAUCACAACUCUUCCAACUACAAUUUAUGGUUUAACCAAUCUUACUUCUUUCAUGAUCAAUACAACUAGUAUCUCAACAUUUCCUUCCUUAUUUCCUUGUGCACAUUCCUUAUUUCCCAAUCUAACCAUGUUAAACCUCUCUGACAAUAAUUUAACCAAUUUAGAUUUCUUAGAAACAAUUGCUCAUGUUGCCCCUUCAUUGAAAGAGUUGGACUUGUCUAGAAACGACUUUUUGAAUCUACCCUCGUGUAUUGUUAAUUUUAAAUCCUUGAGAAUUCUUGAUGUCACGGAUUGUGAGUUACUCGAAGAAAUUCCAAAGAUACCAGAAGACAUAACUUUUCUUAAUGCUACUGGGUGCAUAUCAUUGGUCGCAUUUCCAGACAACUUAGUUGAUUUCAUAUCUUCUGAUUCGGUCUGGAGUUCUGAAGAAGCAAAAUCCGUUCUUGAACCAGGGGAAAGCUCGAUAUUACUCCAAAUAUUGCCGUACGAGUAUAUGUGGUUGAUAGUACUUCAUCCUGAUAUAGAUUUUCACCCAACCUGGGAUGAUUUUAUGGAGGGAUCACCGGACUGUAAUAGGAAUAACGAUGAUGAUUGCAACAAUUCUACGACAAGUAUUUGGAAGGAAUUUAGGAUGUCGUUUGAGGUUACUGACAAAAGGUUCUUUGAAGGUGAAAUAAAUUUAAGCAUGUGUGGUGUUCAUGUCGUUAUUGAAGAAUAAUGAUUAUGUUAGAUUAUAACUGAUAUGGUUUUGGAAAUAAAUGAUUGAUUCUGAGAGAUGUUUGAAGUAGGAAAAUCAUGUGGAAUAAAUUUUGUGAUUUUCCUUUUAGUU